AUGGCUAUUACAAACUUGCUAGAAAGUCAGGAUACCCAUUCAGAAGCUAGUUUGCACGCGGUUUCGAAAACCAAAAUCUUAUUUAUAGUGAUAUUAUUCAUUGUAUCGUUAACACUGUUUGUUUUCCAAACUGAAUUCACAUCACAGGCAUACAAGUUGAAAUUUCUGGAACCAGUAGUGUUACUAGCUGUCACUCAUGGUUCGUGGUGGCUAUUAUGGCCUAUUCAAGUUAUUUUUGUGUCGCUUUGGAGGACGACACGAAAGAUGAAGCAAACAGACAAAGAGGCAACCAUAAGCAAUACUGUUGGAUCAGGUAUUCAAUAUCAGCGCUUAAAUUCUAACUCAGGAUUAUUGGAAAACGAGGGUGUUCCAACUGAACAACAAAAUCAAUUACAGAUCCCAUUGCACCAGAUCAACUACUUUACCUACUUUAAAAAAUGCAUAGUGAAGCAAUUCCAUAAUGUUUAUCACACGUCGAUAUUGAUUUACCAGUCAAAUGUGAAAGGAGAUAGAUCAACCACUCAUUUGAAUCAACUUAUUGACGAGAAUCCACACAUCUCAAAUUCUAGUUCAAUUCGUGAAUGUAUUAAAACAUUCAUUGCUACUCCAUCCAUUAGAUAUGUCAUUAUCAAGGCAUUGAUCAUUACGGUGGUAUUAACCUUUGCUGGAUUUACCUGGUAUGGAGCAAUGUCCAUGACGUAUCCUUCAGAUGUUACUGCUAUUUACAAUUGUUCAGCAUUCACAGCGUAUGCGUUUGCAAUACCAUUAUUGAACGAGAAGUUUUCAUGGUUGAAGGCAAGUUCUGUCAUCAUAGCUCUUUCAGGGGUGUUUAUCGUUGCAUACUCAGGAGAUGAUAGUAAAGACCAACCAAAGGAAGAGAAUCCUUAUCCCUUACGAUUCUGGGGAAACUUACUUAUAUUAACAGGAGCUAUACUUUACGGUUAUUAUGAAGUUUUAUAUAAAAAAUAUCUUUGCAUACCAGAACAUUUAUCAAAAAUCAUCACACCAAGACGUCAACUGACAUUUGCAAAUUUUGUCAUGGGAUUUUUUGGAAUAUAUACUUUGACUAUUCUUGUUGCAAUUUUGAUAUUUGCAGAGGUAUUCCAUAUUCAUCAUUUCAACCUAUUUGACUAUGGUGAAAAUACUACCACCAUUUGGCUAUACAUUUCCGGAUCUAUUGUAAGCAAUUUAUUGUUCAGUGCUUCAUUUUUAUCUUUGAUGGCAUUGACAAGCCCAGUUUUAUCAUCUGUUAGUUCUUUGUUGACGAUCUUUUUGAUUGGGUUGGUGGAAUGGUGGAUUUUUGGAAACAAGUUGGGGUUCCAACAAUUAGUGGGUGACUUGUUUGUAAUUAUAGGAUUUGUCAUGUUGACGAUAGCAUCAUGGAAGGAAAUCAGUGAAGGUAAUGAGGAUGAUGAAGUGGAUGCGGUAAGUACUUAUUCAUUUGCAUUAAGUACAGAAGAAAACCAUUAA